AUGGAUAGAAAUAAGUCCAAACCCUUAGAUAGCUCUAGGUCUGGAAUGUAUGUGCUGAGUGAGGAAGAUGAUUUGAAUGCUAAAAUUGCUAGCUUGCAUAGGAAAGUUGAUGAUAUUCAGAAACCAAAUUUAGUUAAGGUAGCUGACUCGGUAGAACAUGCUUGUGGUAUUUGCGAAAGUAUGGAACACUACACUAAGGAUUAUCCUACAAUCCCAUCAUUUCAAGAAGUGGAGAAAGGGACAUUGCCUGCCCAAACUCAACCUAACCCGAAAGGCCAGUAUGAAGCUAAUAAUGCUAAUAUUGAACAAGCUAAGGUUGUUACAACACUUAGAAAUGGUAAGGUGAUAGAGACUCCGAUGAAGGUAAACGAACCUGAGAAGUCUCCAAAACCCAAGGGUGGUGACUGUCACAGUGAUACUGAAAAUGAAAAUUUUGAUGUUGAUAAGAAAAUGCAUGCUCCAUUUCCUCAUCGUUUAUUGUCUACUAAACCAUUGGCUGAUAAUAAGGAUAUUCUUGAUAUUUUGCACGUAUGCCAAGUUCAUAAAGGAUCUUUGCACCAUCAAAAGGAAGAACAAUGUGCAAAAAAAGGCAUUCCUCACGGAACAGGGAAUUUCGUGAUCAAACAAGCACUUUUGGAUUUGGGAGCUAGUGUAAACCUCUUACCGUUCUCGGUGUAUGAGCAGUUGGGCUUAGGUGAAUUAAAACCCACCCCAGUCACUUUACAACUUGCGGACAGAUUAGUUAAAGUAGCGAUAGGGGUAGUUGAAGAUGUGUUAGUUCAAAUCGAUAAAUUUUACUAUCCAGUGGAUUUUAUUAUUUUGGAUACUCAACCUGUGGUUAAUGCUAGUAAUGAAAUACCUAUCAUCUUAGGUCGUCCUUUCCUUGCAACUGCCAAUGCUUUGAUAAAUUGUCCAAACGAUAUAAUGAAUCUUUCGUUUGGGAAUAUGACCGUUGAAUUAAAAAUCUUUGAUACAUGUAAAUAUCCGAGUGGCGGUGAUGAUAUCCAUGAGGUUAGCAUGAUUGAAACUAUUGUGCAGGAAAAGCUAUCUUAUCUAGAAGCUAAGGAUGCUUUAGAAGCCAGUCUUCUUAACCUUUUGGAUUUCGAUGAGGAUGGAUCCAUUGAAGAAGUCAAUUCCUUACAUCCCCAUUACUGGAUACAGAUAAGUGGCGGUCUAAAUUUGAAUAACUUCCAAUCAGUGAGACCAAGCCACUACCCUUAUCCAUAG